AAGACAAGGGUUGUUCUUCAAAAUCUCCUCAGUUUGUGCUGUCAUGUCGUACUCGUCUUUAUAUGAAACUCUGCAGAAAUGGUUCUUUGUGGUGCCUCCGUUGAUCAGCCCCAUAAAUUUCAUUAUCAACGCGCCUUUUGGUCGAUUUGCCCCCAAUGUUGCCAAGAGCAGCAUAUUUAUUGUGGAUGGACUCAAGUCAUGGAUUAUCAUGGAGAUAGUAUCACCGCUUACAUUCGCCUACACGCUCUACUGUGCGCCAUUGCAAAACUCCAGUAGCUCUCUCGGUGGUCCCCAGAUUCUGUUGGCUGCCCUCUUCCUCAUUCAUUACAUGAAUCGUGCCAUCAUUUCACCUCUUCGCACGUCUUCCCGCUCGAAGUCACAUAUUUCAGUGCCCAUGUCGGGUAUCUCAGUCAACGUCGUCAACGGCUUUCUUCUCGGUGCAUACUUGUCUUCACCUUUUGCCCAGCAAUUCCUCGAUCAAGCAUUUUACAAACCUGAAUUCUGGAGUUAUGUCACGCUCUGUGUCACUGGUCUAGCAGGAAACAUCUUACACGAUGAAAUUUUGCUCAAUAUCAGACGCAAGGCUAAAGCCAAGGGCAAAGGUCGCUCUGAAGACGAGUCCAAGAGCAAAGGUGAACAUUACGCCAUCCCGCAAGGUUAUCUCUACCAGUAUAUCUCGUAUCCGAACUACCUGUGCGAGUGGGUUGAGUGGACAGGGUUCGCGCUGGCAUCUGCACCUUUGCCAUCGCUCGCAUUGUUCGUGGCGUUGAUCAAGGCUCCAUCUAAUGAUGCAGUCUCAGCCUUGGCGCGCACUGUCCAUCCGCCUUGGUUAUUCGUGUUCUUAGAAGUAUUCGUCAUGCUUCCGCGCGCAUACAGGGGACAUGAGUGGUAUCAUGGACGAUUCCCGGAGUAUCCUAAGGAGAGGAAGGCUGUCAUCCCGUUCUUGCUGUAGAGCAGCAUACUUUUCUAGUUCUCGAGCGUUUAGACGGGCUAUCUUUAUCUCUACAGGAAACUCACAACGUGGUUUUCCCGUGCCGCUUAUGAUUAAUGAAAAUUGUCUUGCAUAGAUU